AUGCGCAACGCCUCGCCCGAGCUACUCGUCCGCUGCACAGAGUUUGAUGCACGCGGCAAUGUCCGCGUCGUCUCGGGCGAGUUCCGCAAGUCUGAGUUAUGCACGAAGCAUGGUCUGCUGCCGCGAGACUUGCGCAAGGUCGAUACGGGCCUGCAUACCAUCCUGCCGUCCAUUCUCGUGCGCAAGAACUCCAUCCUCAUCAAUCUGCUGCACAUCAGAGCAUUGGUCAAGGCAGAUCUAGUCUUGGUGUUUGAUGUGUACGGCUCAACAGACUCACAUACGCAGUCUGUCUUUAUGUAUGAUCUCGAGGGCAAGCUGCGGCAAGGGAGCAAGCACAUGGGCGGACUAGCAUAUGAGCUCCGUGCUCUCGAAGCCAUUCUCAUUUCGGUCGUGACGGCAUUAGACGCAGAGCUCAAGGUGCUGCAGGCCUUGGUGGAACAGCUGCUGCUUGACUUGGAGGCAGAUGUCCAUCGCGACAAGCUACAGAGCCUGCUCGUCUACUCAAAACGCCUAUCCGCCUUUUUGAGAAAAGCGACCCUCAUUCGCGAUCAUCUGGAUGAGCUGCUCGAGCAAGACGAAGAUCUGGCUGAUAUGUACCUCACAGAAAAGAAGCAAGGCCGAGAAAGGCCCGAGGAUCAGCAUGAUGAGGUGGAGCUGCUGCUUGAAUCCUACUUGAAACAAACGGAUGAGAUUGUACAAGUCACAGAGACACUCGUCAGCAACAUCCGCAACACGGAAGAUAUUGUCAAUAUCAUUCUUGAUGCGCACCGCAACAGCCUCAUGCUGUUUGAGAUUCGCGUGACUAUCGCAACAUUGGCAGUGGGUUCAGGGACAUUACUUGCAGGAUUAUACGGGAUGAACUUGGUGAAUUACAUGGAGACGUCUGCGUAUGGCUUUGCCGCUGCUUCGGCAGGCGCAGGUCUCUUGACAAUAUGCGUCUUGUUUGCAUUUGGACGCAAGCUGCGCAUGAUGCAGAAAUUGACGCUCUCUGGGCCAGCCCAGAAGAGAUGGUGGACGCGACAAUAG